AUGUUGGCUAAGAUGUGGCAGCCUGGGCAGCGAAUGGAUAUCACAAAGAUUGAUGAGGAUAAAUUCUUGUUCCAAUUUUACCAUAAUUGGGACAUGAAGAGAUUUUUACAGGAUGGUUCGUGGUUGUUUUACAACUUUAUGUUGGCGAUUUACAAGCUUCAGUUCGGGGAAGAUCCUCUAUCCGUUCCUCUUAAUGAAGUGGAGGUGUGGGUCCAAAUCUAUAACCUACCGUUUGGUUUCAUGAGUGAGGAAGUAGGAGUUCUUAUUGGCGAUCACAGAGACAAAUUUGUCUGCUACGACGACCACAACAACUUUGCUGCUUGGAGGAAAUAUAUGAGGAUAAAGGUUGCUACCAAUGUGCAACAUCCUUUGGAAAAGAAUUGGGCUUUUGAUAGAGUGGAAGGAGAAAAGGUCCAGUUAACCUUCAAAUUUGAAAAACGGGGCACUUUCUAUUUUCUAUGUGGAAUCAUUGGCCACUGGAGAAUUUCUGUCAGAGGCAACAAUGGCGCUAAUAGGUGGUUACGUAAUGGCCGGACAAAUGAAGGUGUUAGCAGAAAGGACGGGGAAGGUACCAUCAACAACCAGCUGAAUGAGGAAACCUCGAGUAAAGCUUCAGAAAUCAUUACCAGACAUGCGCAUCUGCUAUACGGAAGAGUUGCUAUUGAAAGAGAUCCAGCCUCAAAAAAGGUCUUCUUAAAACUUACUACUAAGAAAAGUGCUUCAUCAAACAGUUGGAUUGCCUUUAGUCCUACUGAUAGAGGUAAUGCACCGACUACGGUUAGUGCAAAAGAAAAUGCGAAUGGAACGGGUCAAAACGUUAUUACAGAUCUGGCUGUGUCUUUGGCUAACAAAAUGGUUGUUAGAAACCUAGGUACUAAGACUGGGGGGGCUGAACAUUCAUCCACGCUUUCUCCCAAAAUGCAGCUGGUGAUCAACGACAUUGCUACUCCACCGAUAUUCAAAAUUCAGGAACCUACUAGAGAACUGCCACCAGGGACUUUCAAAGUGUUUGAUAACAAGAUGUUUAAACCAAUAUGUGAAGCCAAUAAUCCAACUGCUGUUAAUUUUCUGUCAUUGACAGACGGUUAG